AUGAUUGACGAUGACCUGAACCAUCUUGUCCGCAAAAAGGGGUUGCUGAACAGAUUACGGCCUGCGCAACUGCCCCAAGACCGCAGCCAGAACCCGACUGCGUUCGCACUUCGAUUCGGUAUUCAUCCCGAUCGCAAAGACGGACGUUCCAGGCUUACGCCAACACGCUCAACGUUUCGCAAGUUCAAGGUCAACGGCGUCGACAGUAUAGAUAUCAAGGGUGACUACAUCGUGAAGCAGGCAGAGAAAUACGCCGCAAAUUCUGGUCUGGACGACGUUGAUGCGUUGCUUGAGAGGUAUUCGCAGAUGACGCCGAGAGAUAUCAGGCAGUCAUCGGAGACCGAGACGUUUGUACUCCAGGCGAUGCAAGAUAUGCAAGACGAUGAGGAUUGGCAGUCUUUAGUCUUCGGUGGUGUGACCACGCACGAGGUACGCUCCGAGUAG